AUGGCAUCAACGCCUUCGGAAGAACAAAUGGACACCUGUCUUGGGAUACCCAUGCCAUCAUGCAUGCGUGAUUUCGUUGCACAGUCCUUUGAAUCACCUCCCAGACAUAGUGGAACAUACACCAAUAGUCUUAUCGUCAACUAUGGAGAUGUGCAUGGCAAAGCAAUGGAAGAGGUUGAAAAAUGCCGCCUCCUGGCAGACGGACCAGAUGACAUCGUGGUACUGCUUGCGCGCCCUGCUACAUACUAA